GCAUCCAACAUCUCCAAUUCUUCUGCAACUUCUUCUCAGCACCACUGAGGGGAAUGCCAGGAAUUGAAUCAAUAUGAAGCCCCGAUAGCGUCGCCUUCACAUCAUGACAGACGUGACUCAAAAACCUCAGUCUGGGGAGGACAAACCUCGUCCCUCGGAACCCAGACUUACUCGCUCCCAACAGCUGAACAAGCUAUACGCUCUUCCAGCUCCCCUCCGAACCUUUCCCCUUCCCACUCUUGUCCCGCACAACCCAUUAUCCCUCUUUCACGUACUCUACGUAUGGUUAUCACAAACAAUCAAGCCACCGUCAUCACAUAUAGAGCCAUUGUAUGAUGGGCACUGGUCUCCGGAAACCCGGUCUGUGCAUAUCACCGAUGGACGGUCGGUCCGAGGGUUGUGGGAGCAGGGAUUCUACGGUAAGGGGAGCUUGAGUCGAAGUGAGCCUAACUGGAUGAAGGGACAAAUAGCUCGAGCCAAUAAAUUGAGAGCUACGAGUGAAGAGCUUACAAGGCAAAGGCGAGAAGAACGGCAGCAGGCCAAGUGGGAGAGAGCAAGGAAAGAAAGAGAAGCUAUUGAUCAGAAGCUUUUGGAAGAGGCUAAAGCCGUUCUGGAGGAGACUGUUGCCAAUGAUGACUCUACUUGGACGGAAGAAAAACCGCUGAAUGAAAGUGACACCAUCUCGACCAUUUCUGAACCUGAUCGGAAUACAUGGCGCAGAAGUCUCAAGUUCUUUCCAUCUCCCGUUGGACCGAUCGAGCUUCUCUCACUGCCAAACUCUUUAUCAGACUUGGAGCACUGGGCGUAUGAUGAUGAGCCUGUCAGUCCAACUCCCAUAGAAGAAGGUACACGACACAGAAGUCGGUCAAUGCCAUCUCCUGUUGGACCGAUCGAGCUUCUUUCUCUACCAAACUCUUCUUCAGACUUAAAGCAAUGGGUGUAUGAUGAACCUUCGAAUCCGAACCCCAUAAAAGAGGACAUGGGGCCAAGAAAGCAGCAGUUUCUACCUCCCGUUGGACCCACCGAGCUUCUCUUGCUACCAAACUCUUCUUCGGACCUGGAGCAUGGGCCAUAUAAUGAUGUAGCUGCCAGUCCGGCAAUUCAUCUAAAAGAGACCCCUGUCAGCCAGCAAUGUGCAGCGCCUACAGGGCCAUUGGAGAUCUUGGCCUUGCCUAAUUCCCUUGAGGAUUUAUCUCUUAGGGGAAAGCCCCUGGAAAGUAGAGAUCACGCCGAGGCAGAACUUGAUAAGUCUACCAAUGGCUAUUCACAUAUCCCGAACGGCAUUGAACCUGAUACAGCGCCUGGUGCGGAGAUUAAUGAUAAAUGGACGAAUGAUUCUGGUGUCAAUGGACGUACUGGAUCUGAAACAUCUGUAAAUGGAACAACUGCGGACAUCCGUGAUGAAGCAAGCAGUAACUCGGUGCAAUCCGAAGAGAUAGUGUCCAAUGGCUUUGCCAGCACAAACGGGGCGCCUGAGACGCCAAAAAUCAAGCGUCAGAAGAGUGUAAGGUUUUCACCCACGGUCGAGCAGAAUACGUUCAUCGAAGGGGAGCCACCAAAUCUCGAAGGGGGCAGCAGCUCAACAGCCGCCUCCAUUGAACUCCAGGAGAAACCUCUUGUCAUCCAAGACCAAGAGCACUUCCAGCUCAUGAUGGAAGAAGCAUUUUUCCUAUCCUACGGCCUUGGUGCCCUGAAAGUGCUCGAUUCCACCAACUCCCCGAUUUCCAAUGAAGAUCUCUUCUACAUGUUCCGAAGAUAUUCACAUUUCACACCCGUCUCCAACCCCAUCCUCUCUCCAGACGACCCAUUUGUUCUCAACUAUGUUGUUUACCACCAUUACCGCUCUUUGGGCUGGUGCGUGCGCGGCGGGGCGAAAUUCUCCUGUGAUUUCCUGCUUUACAACCGCGGACCCGUCUUCUCCCACGCCGAAUUCGCCAUCAUCAUCAUCCCAUCCUACACCGACCCGUACUGGAGCUCGGACGUAUUUAUGCAGAAUUACGUGAAGGGGAGAGAGAAGAAGAGCUGGUCCUGGAUGCAUUGUAUCAAUAGGGUUAUCAGCCAGGUUAAAAAGAAGCUGGUCUUGGUUUAUGUGGAUGUUCCUCCGCCGGUAGACACGGACGCGGAGAGGAAAUUGGGUAUUGAUGGGGUGCUGGGAAGGUACAAGGUUAGGGAGUUUGUCAUGAGGCGUUGGUUAUCGAAUCGGGAGAGGGGAUCGAACGAGGAAAAGGAAAAGGCGUGAGUGUGUGUAUGAUAUGUAGGACUAGACAUGUGAUAUAACACAUGAGAGUUGAACCUCGUGUCUUUCUGGUCGUUUGAUCUAUGAUUCUAUAGACCAUGAACUAAAGCUAAGCUGU